AUGGCCCUCGCUUAUGAGGACUAUCCUGACAAGAAAAUAGGAGCCGAUGAAGUGAGUGAGAUCAAGAAACGGAUCAGGUCUCUCAUCCUCGACAUGUCCGGGGAUGACAAUGCCCCCACUUUCACCGGCUCCUGGGAGAGAGAUGACGCACUCAUUAUUGUGUGCGCCAAUGAAGAAUCGGCGGAGUGGCUCAAGGUCCACUCCCCUGAUUUAAAAACAUUGGAGAGGCUGGUCGAUCGAUUCCUGAAGAACGGACCUUUGCUGAUAUAUCCUCUGGCCUCGUCCCAGUAUGCCUACAGGGAGAGCAGGUCCACGGACACUGCAUUGCACCACUUUGUGGGCAGGGUCGAGGCUCAGUUGGAGGCAAAGGGAUAUGCUCUGGGCGUCUUUCUGGACAUUGAGAGAGCUUUUGAUAGCACCUCAUAUGAUGUAAUUAAGGAAGCAAUGACCAGGUAUGACAUUCCAGCUGCACUAGCAGAUUGGACACAAAGCAUGCUAACAGGAAAAACCCUGACUGCCAGUCAUGAGGACUCAACGGUUUAUGGUUUUCCCGCCAAAAGAUGUCCGCAGAGGGGAGUCUUAUUCCACAUGCUCUGGUGUCUAGUGAUGGAUGAACUACUAUAUAAACUUCAGAAGAAAAGUUUCCUUGUCUUUAGCUACGCUGAUGACGUAGCCAUUGUAGUACGGGGUAACUUUUUUUCAACACUUAAGGAGACUAUGGAAAAAGCUCUUAAGAUUACGGAAGACUGGUGUCAAUUAAAAGGUCUCAGGGUAAAUCCAUCAAAGACCAAGGCCAUGAUUUUCACCAGGAAAUAUAAAUCUGAAGCCAUUGAGUCGCUUAGACUCUGGCACAAGGAAAUAGAAUACGUCCAGUCAGUUAAGUACCUGGAAAUCUACUUAGACACCAAACUGAACUGGAAAACACAUCUCGAUAGAAAAAGAUCCAAAUUCCAUGCCUCUUACUGGGCGUGUAGAAGAGCUAUGAGCAAAUCCUGGGGCAUUAAGUUAAAUACUGCCCUAUGGAUAUACAAGGCGGUACUAGUACCGAGUUUAACAUAUGCUGCUGUGGUCUGGUGGCCUAGGGUGGAAAAGAUAGGGACAAAGAACCUACUGAAAAGCCUACAAGGUAAUUACCUGAGGGCUGCGGUAGGGGCUAUGAGAACAACACCAACGGAGGCGUUAGAGGUGAUGCUAUGCAUCCCACCUCUGGACCUGACAAUUGUCAGUGCUGCCAGACUCACAGCAUAUAGACUGAGGUGUCAGGGGGAGUGGAGACAGUUCGGGUUGGGUCACACCAGACUCGAAUUUCUUCAUAAACCUCCCUUCACCUCUAAACAAGAUAGAAUAUCCAAAAGAUACCAGAUCCAACCAGGUGAACAUGCAUGGUUCACUGACGGAUCUGGAGCUAACGGCCGCUUUGGAGCAGGCAUUUAUUGUCCAGGAUCUAAUCACAGGGAGUUUUUCCCCCUGGGUACGCUGGCCACGGUCUUUCAAGCGAAAGUCCUGGCCAUCCUGGAAUGUGCAAGACUCCUACUCUCAAGAGAGACAAAAGCUAGGAAGAUUAACAUCUACACAGAUAGCAAAGCAGCCAUAGGAGCUCUUGUUAGGACCACCACUGAAUCAUCAGUGGUCUGGGACUGCAUGCAAGCUCUAAAGGAGCUGGGCAAGAACAACAAGAUCAAGCUAAUUUGGGUACCUGGCCAUCAAGGUAUCCAAGGCACUGAAGUUGCUGAUAGUCUGGCAAAACUGGGUACCCUAGAAGAACCAGUUUGUCAGAAAGUUGGAGUACCCUUUGCAGUAGGGAAAAACUACAUCAGGGACUGGCUGAAGAGAGAGCACGAAGCCUCUUGGCAAAAAUUAAAAAGCUGCCGUCAAGCUAAAGCCCUGAUGACCCAGCCAUUGCCAGGUAGGACAAAGAAACUACUGACAAUGAGUAAGUACAAACAAAGAUUGUGUAUCGGACUUCUCACAGGGCAUUGGGCCUUUAGGGCACAUCUAUUCAACUUAGGCCUAGUUGAAGAGAGUAGCUGUAGAUUGUGCAGUGAGGAAAAAGAGGACAGCGUGCACAUAUUGUGUCGCUGCCUCUCUCUAGUACUCAAGAGGUUCAGAUACUUCGGCUCCAUGUUUUCGGAGCCUGAGAAACUGAAAAAAUAUAAGAUCAGCCAUCUGUGUAGCCUGGCAGCAAAUGCCGGGCUGAACCAGUUUGGUCGAUAA